AUGCCUGCCGAAAAGUCUAGCUCGCUAGACAACCGCCGGGCACUUCGUGAGUCGAGGUUGCGUCCCUGGCUUAGUUCUAUUGAUAGCAGCAAGGCGGCCACUCGGCUUCAGGAACUCCGGAACCGGCGCCAGGCCCGUGAGGAUGCAACUCGAGCCAGGUCACAGGCCCCUUCCAGGAUGGCUCUGGAAAAGGCAUCCACUACUCAGGUCAGGUCACAGGCCAUUCGACAACCCGCCAGGUCACAGGCAACAACAACGGCGGCUCCGGAUAAGGCUUCCACUUCUCAGGCUAGGCCACAGAUUUCCCGGGUCCAGGAGGCGCUCAACCGGAUCCAGGUUCGUCGGGAUACACAACAAGCUAGGCCACAGGCUUCUACCCAGGCGGCUCCGGUUGUGGCUUCCAGGUUUCGUCCUGUGGGUGAAUCAAGGACCAUGGAAAUCCUUGCUAAGAAGGAACGCGCCCAUGCUCGGCUGCAGGAGGCAAAGAAUGGUGUUUUUGCGUCUCGGUUGAGAAGACCGCAGGCAGUGGCAAAGGCCCAUCACUCUGAAAGCAAGCUGGUCGUCCCUGAGGUAUUACCAAAUAAAUCUGCGAAGCUCCCUUCCUCUGCAUCUUCGACACUACCUAGUGGUGGGCAAUCGUGUUCGAAUACCCAACGUGGUGCUGGAGCUGCUAAUUCUUCUGCGAGACUUGUCUCAAGGUCGAGUAGAUCCUCCACCCGUGUUGCGGAUUCCUCAUUGCCUGCGGGUGUGUAUGAAAAGGUACUGAGAAAGGGCUCACAUGGACCGGCCUAUACUCUGAACAAGGUGUCCUGGAAAUGCCGGAACGGCUGGGAAAACGUCUUCUCCCCCCCCGAUCGCCCAGUGGUAAUAGACCCUGAGCCUGAAGGAACAGAGACGCAUACCAGCAAUGUUGCACUCUUCAUUUCGCCGGCCCCGCGUUAUGAAGAGAUAGGUAAGACAUCCGUUCACCCGGACUGCGCCCGGCCCCGACGUAGACCUAUGGCACCUCCGCUGCCAGUACCCCCGUCUGAUCCGUCAGUUCGCGGGCCGGAAAGAUCGGAGACGCGCCUUACUAGCGCUGGAUCCGUUGCAAAAGAAGGGCCAUCUGAGAAGAGGCCAGGUUAUUCGAGCAAGUCCCGGUUUUUCCAUCUGCGCCACAAAUUGGGUCCCAUGCCUUCCGGAGAGCCUGCCCAUAGGUCUGCUGCCCCCCGGCAGUCUUCCCUCAAGACCGGACCAAGCAUGGACAACAAAACCCGCGGUCGGCUUCUCGGAUCGGGUGCAACAACGAACAAUCAGCCGCUGGGUCCCCCAAUGGCCAGGAGUUGGGGGUGUUUCUGUCUAGAAGGAAGACAGUAA